AUGAAGAAAGCAAAUUUGGUUUAUGUUGAUGAAAAAGAUAAUGAAAUUAAAGAAAGGGUUGAAUGGUAUCAUGAAUGGACAUCAAAGAUUUUUAAAACUAAAGCUGAUACAGGAUGGGUUUCAGGAUGUUUAGACCUUAAAGCAGAUAAAACUUAUGUUAAUGGUGAGUUAGAGAAGAAGGCAGAUAAUGAAUAUGUCAACGGUGAAUUAAUGAAGAAAGCAAAUUUGGUUUAUGUUGAUGAAAAAGAUAAUGAAAUUAAAGAAAGGGUUGAAUGGUAUCAUGAAUGGACAUCAAAGAUUUUUAAAACUAAAGCUGAUACAGGAUGGGUUUCAGGAUGUUUAGACCUUAAAGCAGAUAAAACUUAUGUUAAUGGUGAGUUAGAGAAGAAGGCAGAUAAUGAAUAUGUCAACGGUGAAUUAAUGAAGAAAGCAAAUUUGGUUUAUGUUGAUGAAAAAGAUAAUGAAAUUAAAGAAAGGGUUGAAUGGUAUCAUGAAUGGACAUCAAAGAUUUUUAAAACUAAAGCUGAUACAGGAUGGGUUUCAGGAUGUUUAGACCUUAAAGCAGAUAAAACUUAUGUUAAUGGUGAGUUAGAGAAGAAGGCAGAUAAUGAAUAUGUCAACGGUGAAUUAAUGAAGAAAGCAAAUUUGGUUUAUGUUGAUGAAAAAGAUAAUGAAAUUAAAGAAAGGGUUGAAUGGUAUCAUGAAUGGACAUCAAAGAUUUUUAAAACUAAAGCUGAUACAGGAUGGGUUUCAGGAUGUUUAGACCUUAAAGCAGAUAAAACUUAUGUUAAUGGUGAGUUAGAGAAGAAGGCAGAUAAUGAAUAUGUCAACGGUGAAUUAAUGAAGAAAGCAAAUUUGGUUUAUGUUGAUGAAAAAGAUAAUGAAAUUAAAGAAAGGGUUGAAUGGUAUCAUGAAUGGACAUCAAAGAUUUUUAAAACUAAAGCUGAUACAGGAUGGGUUUCAGGAUGUUUAGACCUUAAAGCAGAUAAAACUUAUGUUAAUGGUGAGUUAGAGAAGAAGGCAGAUAAUGAAUAUGUCAACGAAAUAUACCAAAGUUUGAUAGGAACAACAAAAAAUAUUGAAACUAUUGUUGGUGACUUUUCUGUCAAUGAAGAAAAUAAAUAUUUUAGAUGGCAAUUGGUACAGUCCUUAAAAAAUGGUGCACGGUGUAAACUCAUUCCGAAAAAUAACAAUGAAAU